GCUCGACGUGCGCGGUCCUGGCGAGUCACCUUGCUCCACGCAGCGGAGCGACAGAAGCGGCGCACGGAGCGCGCAGGAGUCCUACAGAAACCCGAACCAGCACCGCAGGCAUGGCAUCCGCCGCGGACACAGCCAGGCCCAAAACCUCGCCCAAAUCGAUUAAGUUUCUCUUCGGUGGCUUGGCUGGGAUGGGUGCCACGGUGUUUGUGCAGCCGCUGGACCUGGUGAAGAACCGUAUGCAGCUGAGCGGUCAGGGAUCAAAGGCUCGCGAGUACAAGACCAGCUUUCAUGCCGUGGCCAGCAUCCUUCGCAACGAGGGCAUCGGCGGGAUCUACACUGGACUCUCUGCGGGUCUGUUGAGACAGGCUACCUACACCACGACCCGUCUGGGCAUCUACACCGUCCUGUUUGAGCGCAUGACCAGAGCUGAUGGCACACCUCCCAACUUCUUGAUGAAGGCUUUCAUCGGGAUGACGGCCGGGGCCACGGGGGCCUUCGUUGGGACUCCGGCCGAGGUGGCACUUAUUCGAAUGACCGCUGAUGGCAGAUUACCACCAGAUCAAAGGAGGGGCUACACCAAUGUCUUCAAUGCCCUCAUCAGAAUCACUAGAGAGGAGGGGGUCACCACACUCUGGAGGGGUUGUAUACCCACCAUGGCCAGAGCAGUCGUUGUGAACGCAGCCCAACUUGCCUCAUAUUCCCAGUCCAAACAAGCACUGUUGGACUCUGGUUAUUUCAGAGAUGAUAUCUUGUGUCACUUCUGUGCUAGUAUGAUCAGUGGACUGGUCACCACAGCUGCCUCCAUGCCCGUGGACAUCGUUAAGACCAGAAUCCAGAACAUGAGAAUGAUCGAUGGGAAGCCGGAGUACAGGAAUGGUUUGGAUGUGUUGGUGAAGGUCAUCAGGAAGGAAGGAUUCUUCAGUCUGUGGAAGGGUUUUACUCCGUAUUACGCUCGUCUCGGGCCACACACAGUUCUCACCUUCAUCUUCCUGGAGCAGAUGAACAGAUUCUACAAGAUCUAUUUCCUUGACUCCUAGAUUCCCCCUUGAGCUCGUCACUGGUGGACGCUGCGGGCCAUGUUUCCACAUGUUUCUCUCCCACACUUCUGUUUUUGAUGGUUGCUAAAUGACCAGUGUACUAGCUGGGUUAGUAACUCAACUCUUAUGUUACACAGACUGAUUCUCUAAACUGUAAAGUGCAUUGAAAGAAGGGGCCAUCACAUUUGGUGAUGUUUGCUAACGGUGAACAGAGCACAAUUAAUUGGAAAGUGUGUUGUAAUAAAGAUAAUGUGGUGUGAUAAUGCCAAUACCACACCUGACA